CUCCUCUCUUCUCAUUUCAUUUUCGCAAAAUAGAUUUUCCACUCCUCCGCCGCCGUUCUCUUCUCUGCGCCGUCGAAAGAUUUACAGCUUCAAAUCAUACAAUGGUUAUGAAUGCUGCCGGUCCAGAAUCCCUGAGCAUAGAAUCCCCUGAUCGCUGGGCGUCAGAUAACGCAAAGCAGAUAUUAGAAAAUGCUCGUGCUAAUCGACUGAACGAGCCAUCCGGACCCGGCAUAGGCCCCGUGACCCACACCGAAGGUUCGAGGUCGGCGAUACAGCUUGCAGAAGUUUUGGCUACGGAGUUUGGUCAUGAACCUACUCAUAUUGAGAUGAAUGUUCGAACAAAUACGAAACCGGGUGAUAGGACAACAUUUAUUGACCAGAGAACAAAAGAUGUAGAUGAUCGUGAUAAUGAACGGCUUGUUGCGGCAUCUCAAUUGGUUGAAGAAAUUGCAGAAACUCCACACGUUGACAAGGCGCAAAUAUUUCUAGGUGAUGUUGAUGGGAUCAAGAAGCGGAAGAUGUACGGCCUCGGAUCUUGUGCAUCGUCCUCUAUCGGCAAUUUGCCGCAGUCCAGUACACCCAGCCAACAACGAGAUGGCUAUAGAUCGCUAGCAGAGUUGCGCGAGGAAAUCCGUAAUGAGUUACGCGAGGAGAUCCGUGAUGAGGUGCGCAAGGAGUUCACUAAUGAGUUGCGCGAUAAGUUGCUUUAUGAGUUGCGCACUGAUAUGCGCAUUAAGAUGGAUAUCCAGAUAAAGGAGACGCUGGAGCAGGUCUACGCUGAUCGUAGACCGUCUCAAUCCUGAUGACACUGUUAGAUUCCAUCUUAAAACCAAUUGGUAUCAAGUGGAGGUGCCCAACUAAUAUUUAAACACAUGUCCAUUCACACACACAACCAAUGUGGGAUUUCCCACUUCAACACUCCCCCUCACGCGUAGCGUGUCCGGACUGAGUAACCAAUCCCCCCUCAAGUGCAACUCACGUGGGCCGGGCCAAAUUCAAAUUGUGUGAAUGGACAAGGCUCUGAUACCAUGUUAGAUUCCAUCUUAAAACCAAUUGGUAUCAAGUGGAGGUGCCCAACUAAUAUUUAAACACAUGUCCAUUCACACACACAACCAAUGUGGGAUUUCCCACUUCAACAGACACUACUGAUCUAUAGGUUAAUUUCUGUAAACAUAUAUUAUGUUUUGGAUAAACGUAUUUUGCAUGUAUGGGUUUUAUUAGUAUUGAUGUUUUCAGAUUUUAUUAUUAUGGAUAAAAACGUAUGUUUAUAUUAUUAUUAUCAGGUUUAUAUAUGCAAAUUUUAAAUAUU